UCGAGCUAUGGUUCCUGCAAACCAAAGUCAAACGAGAAUCUCGCGAGGACGUUUCUGAGACGAGGUUUGAAUUGGAUGCUAGUUGGUGUAUUUUAACACUGCUCUCACUUCAAGAAGACACCUAGUCAGCAGGUUUUUGUAACAGUAAUUCACGAGAGGAUUGUAGGGUUAUGAGCAAGUCCACCGCUUCCGUCGAGUAGAUUCUCAGCUGGACUAAACGCUCCUUGUUUUCCGGGAUUAUUGGAACUGGCAUUCCGGAGAAAGCUUUGGAUUAUUUUCAAUCAAUAAGUGCGAUAAUAAUGUUUCUUUGCUAAACACAAAGGAUAGGAGCUCUUGUGUGUGUGAAAAAAUUCGAUUAUGGCUGCUUCCGACAUUGGGUCCCUAAGGAUUGCUCAAAAUGGGAGACCUACCUCUUUACCCGGGGAUGAACUUCAAAGUAUUCACCCGGAACCGUACGACGAAGAGGCUAUUCACAAGACAAUCUUGGUUGGAGACAGUGGAGUGGGCAAGACGUCCCUGUUAGUACAGUUUGACCAGUGCAAGUUCCAGGCUGGUGCUUUCUCAGCGACAGUUGGAAUAGGCUUUACGAACAAAGUCGUUGAUGUAGAAGGAACAAAGGUCAAAUUACAGAUCUGGGAUACAGCUGGUCAAGAACGUUUUCGAAGCAUCACUCGUGCUUAUUACCGUGAUGCUAAUGCUCUCCUAUUGUUAUAUGAUGUCACAAAUAAAGCCAGCUUUGACAACAUCAGAGCCUGGCUAGCUGAAAUUAAUGAAUAUGCACAAGAAGACGUUGUAAUCAUGUUGCUUGGCAACAAAGCUGACAUUGCUGGAGAGAGAGUUAUUCGGAGAGAGGAUGGAGAGAGGUUAGCAAGGGAAUAUGGAGUUGCCUUCAUGGAGACCAGUGCCAAAACUGGCAUGAAUGUAGAAUUAGCGUUUAUGGCAGUAGCUAGAGAUCUGAAAAUGAAGAAGACUCGUCGUCCCAAUGAACCGAAAUUUAAUGUAGCAGAUUAUGUAGAACAAGAGAAAAAGAAUGCAAGCUGCUGCAGCUAGCAACAGUGGAGUUGGACUGAUGCUUGUGCUAUCAUCCGAGACCUAAUGCUUCCUCGUGUCGGAAGUCACAGCAAGCCGAGAGGAGUUAUCUCCCUUUAGUUAAGAGACCCAGUCAGCAGUAAAACUCCCCAGACAAUUUUCAUUCUACAACAUUAGAACAUAUGUCAUACAUUGCAACAACACCAUGCAAUCAAAUAUAAUUCUGGACAAAAGUAAGUAUGGUCUUUACAAUGAGAACCUCCUUCGGCUUGCUUUAGAACAUAUUGCAUAACAAAAUUGAGAGAUCUGUAGGGUCAUUGACCUGUGCGCUGUAAUCAACAUAAUUACUUCCCCUAAUACUGCCACUCAUACAGGUGAGACCUUCCCCCUCUUCACUCUGUCUCCACUUGUCUUCACUUGUUGAGUUCAAUG